GCCCCGCGCCCCGGCCCCGGCCCCGGCCCCGGAGCGAGUUCAUGGGAGCAUGAAGGAGAUGGUAGGAGGCUGCUGCGUGUGCUCGGACGAGAGGGGCUGGGCCGAGAACCCGCUGGUCUACUGCGAUGGGCACGCGUGCAGCGUGGCCGUCCACCAAGCUUGCUAUGGCAUCGUCCAGGUGCCAACGGGACCCUGGUUCUGCCGGAAGUGUGAAUCUCAGGAGAGAGCAGCCAGGGUGAGGUGUGAGCUGUGCCCGCACAAAGACGGGGCGUUGAAAAGGACCGACAAUGGAGGCUGGGCGCACGUGGUGUGUGCCCUUUACAUCCCUGAGGUGCAGUUCGCCAACGUGCUCACCAUGGAGCCCAUCGUGCUGCAGUACGUGCCCCAUGACCGCUUCAACAAGACCUGCUACAUCUGCGAGGAGCAGGGCCGGGAGAGCAAGGCGGCCUCGGGAGCCUGCAUGACCUGUAACCGCCACGGCUGCCGGCAGGCCUUUCACGUCACCUGCGCCCAGAUGGCAGGCCUGCUGUGCGAGGAAGAGGUGCUGGAGGUAGACAAUGUCAAGUACUGCGGCUACUGCAAGCACCACUUCAGCAAGAUGAAGACAUCCCGGCACAGUGGCGGAGCGGGAGCGGGAGCAGGCGGUGGCAGUGGAGGUGGUGGAGGCAGCAGCAGCAGCAGCAGCAGCAGUGGUGGCGGUGGCAGUGGUGGCAGCGGUGGAGGUAGCACAGGGGGAGGCAGCAGUGGCUUCGUGGCUGGCAGGAGGAGCCGGUCAGCCUCCCCCUCCGCCCAGCAGGAGAAGCACCCUGCCCACCACGAGCGGGCGCCCAAGAAGAGUCGGAAGGACAAAGAACGCCUUAAACAGAAGCACAAGAAGCGACCCGAGUCCCCUGCCAGCAUCCUGACCCCGCCUGUAGUCCCCGCUGCUGACAAGGUCUCUUCCUCAGCUUCUUCUUCCUCCCACCACGAGGGCGGCUCUCAGGAGACCUCGGAGAGCAGCAGGGACUCCAAGGGGAAGAAGUCUUCCAGCCACGGCCUGAGUCACAAAGGGAAGAAGCUGAGCAGCAGUGGGAAAGGUGUGAGCAGCUUCGCCUCGGCCUCUUCCUCCUCUUCCUCCUCCUCCUCCUCCUCCUCCUCCGGGGGGCCUUUCCAGCCUGCAGGCUCCUCGCUGCAGAGCUCCCCUGAAUUCUCCGCCUUCCCCAAGCUGGAACAGUCGGAGGAGGACAAGUACUCCAAGCCAAUGGCCCCCACCCCAUCAGCCCCACCCUCACCCUCCACCCAGGAGCCCCCCAAAGCUGACCUCUUCGAGCAGAAGGUGGUCUUCUCCGGCUUCGGGCCCAUCAUGCGCUUUUCCACGUCUGCCUCUGGCUCGAGCCGGGCCCGGGACCCCUCCCCGGGGGACUAUAAGUCUCCCCACAUUUCGGCGUCAGGGACAUCAGCCAGUACCCACAAGCGGAUGCCCACCCUGAGCGCCACCCCUGCGCCCACUGAGGAGCCCCUGGAGCCAGGGCUGAAGGAGAAGAGGCACAAGGCCAGCAAGAAGAACCGACAUGGGCCUGGCCGGCCAAAGGGCAGUCGGAACAAGGAUGGCACGGGCACUCCUGUGGUUCCCAUCCUGCCUGCUGCCCAGCUGGCUGGCUUCACUGCCACUGCUGCCUCCCCCUUCUCUGGGGGCUCCCUGGUCAGCUCUGGCCUCGGAGGUCUGGCCUCCCGCACCUUCGGACCUACGGGGAGUUUGCCCAGCCUGAGCCUGGAGUCCCCGCUGCUGGGGGCAGGCAUCUACACCAGUAAUAAGGACCCCAUUUCCCAUGGUGGCAGCAUGCUGCGGGCCGUGUGCAGCACGCCCCUCUCCUCCAGCCUGCUGGGGGCCCCCGGCACCUCUGCCCUGCCCCGGCUCAGCCGCUCCCCUUACACCAGCACCCUGCCCUCCUCUUCCACGUCCAUCUCCACCACUCAGGUGUUCCCCCUGGCUGGCUCUACCUUCAGCCUCCCCUCUACCCACAUCUUUGGGACCUCUGUGGGCACCGUGAACCCGCUGCUCACCCAGGCUGAGAGCAGCCACACAGAGCCAGACCUGGAGGACUGCAGCUUCCGGUGCCGAGGGACCUCCCCCCAGGAGAGUCUGUCUUCCAUGUCCCCUAUCAGCAGCCUCCCUGCACUCUUCGACCAGACCGUAUCUGCACCCUGCGGUAGCGUCCAACUGGAUCCGGUAGCCCCGGGGACGACGAACAUGGAGCAGCUGCUGGAGAAGCAGGGCGAUGGCGAGGCCGGCGUCAACAUUGUGGAGAUGCUGAAGGCGCUGCACGCGCUGCAAAAGGAAAACCAGCGGCUGCAGGAGCAGAUUCUGAGCCUGACAGCCAAGAAGGAGCGGCUGCAGAUUCUCAAUGUGCAGCUCUCCGUGCCCUUCCCCGCCCUUCCCGCUGCCCUGCCUACCGCCAACGGCCCUCUAGCUGGGCCCUAUGGCCUGCUUCCCCAAGCCAGCAGCAGCGACUCCCUGAGCACCAGCAAGAGCCCUCCGGGCAAGAACAGCCUUGGCCUGGACAACUCGCUGUCCACGUCUUCGGAGGACCCACACUCAGGCUGCCCGAGCCGCAGCAGCUCAUCGCUGUCCUUCCACAGUACGCCCCCACCGCUGCCCCUGCUCCAGCAGAGCCCUGCCGCCCUGCCCUUGGCCCUGCCCGGGGGCCCCGCACCGCUCCCGCCGCAGCCACAGAAUGGGCUUGUCCGGGCACCCGGGCCAGCAGGGCUGGGGGCUGGGCCUGCAGCUGAGGGACUGCUGGGGGGGCUGGCCAGCAGUGGGGGCCUGCCCCUCAAUGGGCUCCUGGGGGGGCUGAAUGGGGCUGCCGCCCCCAACCCUGCAGGCUUGAGCCAGGCUGGUGGGGCCCCCACGCUGCAGCUGCCAGGCUGUCUCAACAGCCUCACCGAGCAACAGAGACACCUCCUUCAGCAGCAGGAUCAGCAGCUCCAGCAGCUCCAGCAGCUCCUGGCCUCACCGCAGCUGACCCCGGAGCACCAGACAGUGGUCUACCAGAUGAUCCAGCAGGUGCAGCAGAAGCGGGAGCUGCAGCGGCUGCAGAUGGCCGGGGGUUCCCAGCUGCCCAUGGCUGGCCUGCUGGCCGGAAGCUCCGCCCCAUUGCUCUCAGCUGCAUCCGCGCCUGCUCUGCUGCCCGCUGGAGCCCUGGUGGCCCCCUCACUGGGCAGCAACACGAGUCUUAUGGCUGCAGCAGCGGCAGCAGCAGCUGUGGCAGCGGCGGGAGGACCCCCAGUCCUCACUGCCCAGACCAACCCCUUCCUCAGCCUGUCGGGGGCGGACAGCAGUAGCAGCGGCCCCAAAGGAGGGACUGCUGACAGAGGAGCCUCAGCCAACCAGGAGAAAGGCUAAAGCCCAUCAUGCCCUUCCUGAGCCCUGCAUGGAGGGGACACGUCCUGACUAGAAGGGUCCAAGCCUGGAGCAGGCAGCUGGGCCCAGGCACUGGCGAGCCCGGGCUGGAGCCCUUGCAAAGGCCAGGGGCGCAUGGGAAUGUGUUGCCUCGGACCAAGGCUGGGAGGGCAUCCAGCCUGGGACCCUUCCUCUGCGCUGGCCACCGCGAGAGGCCAUGAAGGGGAUGCUGGGGUGGUGUGCGUGGGGGGCUUGGACCCGCCACAUAAAAUGGAUCAGCACUUAAACCCGAGAGAAGAGAAGGGGUGGCCCUGAGCUGGCCCUGAGUGGAAAUCUAGGGAAGAACGGUCCCCCUCGCUUGGGAGUUUCUGCUCCACCUGGGCGGUGGCAGAAGGGUCCAGCGACUGUUUCUCACUAUCCCUUUCCUCACCCAGGGUCACAAGCUGAGCUUGUAAAAGCCCACAGAUGGGAGCUGAGGAAGGGCAGGGCAUCAGCACCAGCCAGGCCCCUGGCGCCCCAAGGGGCCCAGCAAUGGGGGGAGGCGCUGGCUGUCCUCAGCACCCCUCCUUGUUUGCACUAUUGGCUUGAGGAGUGUGGAGGCUGGGGAGAGGCACGAGUGUGUGAGUGUGUGUGCGUGGGAGUCUGUCGUGUGUCAUCUGUCUUCCUUCCCCUGGGCCUGGGGCAGCUGAGGGUAGGGAUGGGAGCGCCGGUUGGUCGGCAGCAGCAGGGACCCAGCUCUGGUCUGUGCCCUCCCCACCUCCCGCACCUUGGUACCAGAGCAUGGCAGGGGCUGGGCUUUGAAUCAGGGUGAUAGCCUGCCUUCCCUCCCCUACACCCCACUUGGUCUCAGGGUUCCCUGACCCCCUGCUAGUUUGACCUUUCUUCCUUGGCCUGAGGGGAGAAGCCCUGGAACUUGGGGGAAGGGACAAGGCGGGUAAAGUGCCACUUUUAGCAAAAGUCCCGUUUGCAGACUUGGCCAGCCUGCCUCCUGCCCCUACAGUCACAGAGCCACUAAACCCACCUCACCGCUGGCCCCUCGCCCGCAGCUGUGUUGGGGUACAGGGGGCAGUGCUUUUCCUAGCACUAAUUUGCCUGGACCUCCGGCAUGAAGGUCAGGUGGGUAGCUGUUCAGUUGCACUGGGGUGGAUGCCCCUUCUUCUGUCUAUUCGUCCGUCCGUCCGUCCGUCUGUCUGUCCAUCUGUCUGGCUUGCAUGUGUGCAUAACUGUGUUUCUGCUCGGGGUUUUGUUGGGGGUUUUUUGGUUGGUUUUUUUUUUUUUUUAAAUAAAGGAAAGAAGAUGUGUAUAUUUUUGGCAAUGACAGAAAUGUAGUGCAGAUAUAUUUUUGCCUGUGCUGCUUAACUGUUUUUGUUUUUGUUUUUGUUCUUUUUCUGAUACAGAAAAUAUCAAUAUUCCCAUUGAUAAGACUUUGUAAGCUCUUAGGGCGCUAUGGACAGGGUGGGUGGGAGUCCUUCAGAGAUUUCUGAGGCACUUGCAAGGGCUUGGGGGUGGGAAGAAAGGAACAGUUGUGAUGACCUCAAAAUCCUCAUUUUUUUUUUUAUUAAAUGCUAAAUAUCAGUUAGACAUGUUAGAACUGGGCAUUUUAUUCAUCUUGAUCUAUUCUGCUCUUUACUGCCCUGUCCCCAAAGUGAUCCAGAGAUUCUCCACAGAGUUGUUCCUUCACACCCUGCCUAGCCCAGGGCUGAAGGCUACUUUGUCCCUUCCCUCCCAGCAGCAGAAGGGAAAGGGCAUUACACCCAGGCUUUGGCAGGAGGCCAGGAGUGGUUUAGUGCACUGGAACCCAGACACCCGGGCUUGUCCACCCCACCCAUCCCAACCCAGUCACCUGCAUCUCCGGCUCUGUCCCUCAAGUUUCCCAGCCCUUAGGCUGUGGUGGGGAGGCUGGACUUGGGGACGUGGGACACAGGCCCAUUAGGAGUCCACUGGGAAAGCUAUGAAGUCUCCUUGGGACAGGACAGACACACAAGGCAGCUGUAAGGCCCUCUCCCUCCCCCGGCCUCCUUCAGCUGACAGCGAAGUGGGGUGGGGUGGUGUGCAGAUUUGUGGCAUUCUGGGGGAAGGGAAGGAUGUGGUUUGCAGAGUGGAAGUGGUGUCCGCGAGUGCUUGGCUGGAGCUCUGUCCCCACCCUCAGCAGGGAGAUGUGAGUGGGUAUGUGUGCCAGGCCCCUGCUGGCCAAGGGGUCACUCCUGGAGUAGGGUGUGUCAGCUGACCCCUUGCUUCCCUGGUGACAGUUGGCAGGCCCAGAUGGGCAGGGUACCCCAACCUAACUACCACCUGUCUGUCUGCUCUUUAGCUCUCCUGUAGGUUUUGUGAAUGCAUAUGUGUGUGUUUGUGUGUGUGUGAGAGAGACACAGGCUAUACCUACGCUGGGAGUUUGUCUUUAGCUCUGAGCUGAUGGGUCCUCUUCAUAGACAAUGACACUUCAAGGGGUGCCUUUAAAGUAGUUUGUCCUUUGUGGGUUUCAGGCUCUGGGGUCUCUUGCUUUCUUGUGGAAUCCCUGACUGAGGUUGGUGAGGGGACCCUUGUGCCGAGACCUAGGAAAGCAGUCACCCCAGACUCAAAGAGCCCAGAUUUAGGGGGUGCAUAAGCCAGAGUUGGCUCUGAGAAGGAGUGACCUUCAAGUGACCCUGUACCAGGCUGGAAAUGCUGGACAGGUUUGCUGAGACCCAGGCUCCCCUGCAAGCUUGCAGCGUCUUCCCGGUCUUCCUAAGUCAGGGUGAGGGGUGGCAAUGUGUCCCCUGUUCUUUAUCCCAGUGUGUUCUCCUGGAGAGAAGGGUGGAGGGGCUUUCUACUGGGGACAGGAAGGUAGGGCCAAGCAACCCUGGAUACCCUCCCAGCCACACAAAAACACAUUCUCACCAGAGUUGGCUUUGUCUUGCUUGUCUUGCUCUAAGCAGUCAGGUUAGUGCCCACAGUAGUCCACUGCCCACUUUCUCCAGCCCAAGGUAGGAGAGGGGUGUUUGGAAUGCAGAUCCAGACCCCAACCUCCUCUUCUAUCCUAGCCUGUUUGUAGCAGACCCUUCCGAGGGGGUAGAGAGGGGAAGCUUCAGUUUGCAAACCCAGAGAUCCCUUUAUCAGUCUUUCUAAAGACUCCUUUUUAUCCUCAGCCCAAAAAGCAAUGCUCCCACCCCAUAUCUCCAAGCCCAGAAUUGUGCAUAACCCAGAUCUUGUAUCUUUGUAUAACGGAUGUUAUUUGUACGAGGAGCAGUUCGUAAACAGCACUUGUUCUUUUAAUAAAAGACUUUUACAAAAAAAAAAA